UGUUGAUUUGGGACAACCCACAUUCGAGGUCAUAUGGAAAAUCGAUGGAAUGAAAGAAUGCCUUUGCUCAAUCCACAACGGAGGGAAGCUUCCAAGCGCUGGUUUGUUCUGGCAUCCUUCUGCUUAUUCUCCUUCACAAAUGCUUUGCAAUGGAUUACAUUUUCCCCUGCUGUUCAAACAUUUGCCAAAUACUUCUUCAAUGAAGUGUCCUUAAGUACUACCAAUGCCAUCAAUGCUUUUAGCGGAUCGUAUAUGAUUAUAUACCCUAUACUGGUUCCGUUCUCUUUCUCUUACUUUGAGGAUGAAGAAGGAUCAAAGUUUGGAAGUGGUUUGAAACGAGGUAUAACUAUUGGGGCUCUAUUAAACGCUAUCGCUGGCAUUAUCAGGUGGGUAGGAGCUUAUCCCAAUUGGCAAGGCUACUCCGUUGUGUUCUUAGGCCAAGUGAUAGCAGCAAUAGCACAAGUUUACAUGCUCGCAUUGCCACCAAGAUUGGCUGUGGCAUGGUUUCCGCCAGAUGAAAUCAAUUUCAUCACUGCCAUCGCCGUAUCUUUCAAUAACCUAGGCAUCGCCUCUGGAUUUGCCUUGACGCCUAUCCUAGUCCCUGGAACUUCUUCCAUGAUGACAGACAUACCUCGGUUCCUAGCUCUACAGAUGGCCUUGUGCGUGGUUGCCUUCAUUGCUGUCUGGUUCGCUUUCCAACAAGAACCCCACCAAAACUAUCAACGACUUAAUCAUCAAGAGGAUCCAUCCUCUUCCAACGCAUUUUCGAAACAGGAGGCAUUGGCAUUGUUCAAACAGCGAAAUUUUAUUACACUAUUAAUAUCUUUUGGAAUGGUGAUGGGUGCACAGUGUGCCAUUUUCAGUCUCUUAGCUGAGAUUUUGGCACCACCCUUUGACUUGGAGGAUAAUGUCGCGAUUGGCUGGCUAGGAUCUGCUAUGCUACUCAUUGGUGUUCCUCCUUCCCUUCUUAUUGGCAAGCUACUUGAUGCAACUCAUCAAUACAAAUUAAUAUGUCGCAUUCUUUAUACCACUGUCAUUAUCAGUGCCAUUUGCUUAAUUUGGGCCGCAUGGAUUGGAUGGUUUAUCUUGGCUGUAUGUGCAUGCUUGGUCUUUGGAAUCUGCUCUUCCCCUAUUUUACCAGCAGUAUUUCAGUGGGCUGGCGAGCUGUUUUAUCCUGUAAACGAAGUCGUGCCGACUGGAUAUUUAUGUAUGGCUGGCAACAUUGCUGGAUGGCUUCUAGUGUUGGUCAUGGGAUGGUCAGCGAAUUCAAGCAUAUCAUUCACCAUGCUGCCAGCCAUGAUGAUUUUGAUUGCCACAUUAUUGAUUGGCAUAAUAGCGACGUUCUUAACCAAUGGUCAGCUUAAACGUUUGGCGACCCAGGAACAUAGUCCUGCAGAAACUGGCAUAGAUGAUGCCUAAAGAGAAACAUACACUGUAUUAUAGCAUCGUCAUCAUUAAUUAUUUGUCUAUAUACACUUGAAAUUUCAGAACUAGAAUGGUUUGAUUCAAUAAACCUAACACCAGCUCUUCAUUAUCAUCGGCAUCGAUGUCACCUAAAGUCAUAUCAUGAAUCCAAUCUUCGGUUUCGUAUGUAGUGAGGUGCUAAAGCGCAUUCCGUUAAA